AUGAUUAAAAUCAACAGCGCGUCCACCUUGACAGCGCUGGGUUCCCUGGUGAUCGGUGUUCCCUCGGCAACCUUAGGCAGCAUCAACGGCACGGAACUCCUCUACGCGUCCCAGAAUCCCACAUUCAUAACAUACAUGCAGACCGCCCCGACCAUCUUAAUCCAGACUUUCGUCACUCAGUUGAUCACAGUGAACCCUGACCCAGACAGUAUUAUCCAGAACGUCCCAGACAGCAUGGCCACUGAGAUCCCCAGGUCUCUGCUGCAGGGCUUCUCUCAGAGCAGUGUGGUGGUAGAGAAACUGAACAGGAAGACAUGGAGACACGAACAGGCUGUGUUGUUCUUUGACACAGUGGCUCUAGGAAUUGACAACUCCGACAAUAUGUCCUCCAGCGUGCUCCAGGGCUUCACCUGCACCAGAGUGACCAGUAUGAACACAACCAAGAUCAAGAACCUGGUCAAGGCCUGCAGGAGGAAGGGCAGCAACAGGGUCGCACUGAGAGAGACUCAGUUGACCUGCAUGUACAACUACAUCAAGGAAGAGACAGACGUCACCAGCUACAACCUCUAUCCUCCUGACAUGCUGCUUUACUACGACUACAGUAAGGUUUCUCAGGACACCUGUAAGGACUACUUCAGGGAGCUGGGAGACGCAGACUUCUCCGUGUUCUCCGACGCUCUCAGCUUCAAACGCACAGCCCUGGUUAACAAUGCCAAGACCUGCCUGGGUAUCAGCGGCACGGUUCUGAGCAGUGACAACCUGCAGGUCCUAGGUAACAUGGUGUGUGUUCUGGACGGUUCCUACAUCCAGAACUCUGACCAGCUCAUCCUGCAGAAACUACAGAACUGUAAUGACCUCACAGACGAACAGGUGGCUGCCAUAGAAACGCUGUUGACGUCUGGGAAAACACAGUAUGGACUCCCAGCUACCUGGAACAGAGAGACCCUGGACAACCUGGGCAUUCUACCUCUCUACCUGACAUCCUCCUUCUACAGGAACUUCUCUAAGAAAGUAAAGGGCCAGUUCCUACAGUCAUUCCUGAAGGUGUUGAGGAAGAACGGAACGUCCAGACAGAAGAGGAGGAGGAUGAAGAAGGCUAUCAGACAGUCCAUCAUCGACCAAUCACAGUCCAAACGCUCCAUAGUGAGUGAAUGCACAGUGGGAAAUAUCACUCAGGUGACGAUCAGUGAGAGUACGUUCCCUUUUAACUACGAGACCGUGACCAAGUUCAACUGCUGCCUGUCGGCCAAGACAGUCGUUGACAACCUGGACGCCAUCACCGCCAAGGUGGACGACCUGGAAUACCUUGAAGUGGUCCUGGCGAGACUCAGAGAGGCCUACUCCGUAAACGCCACCAUCCCAGAAGCGAAGGUGCAGGUUCUUGGUCCGGCUUCGCGCGUCGCCACUAAUGCUGACAUCACCAUGUGGAACAUCACCAAGAUCGACACACUGUCAGCUCUGAUGGACCCCUCCUAUGGAAACUGGGAUGCUGCCAUGGCACAGGCCAUCAUCAGUAAGUACCUGACGAACUCAGGAAAUACACUGGGCAGUGCAGAGCUCAACUCCAUCGGUGGACCCAACCUGUGUUCACUAGACAUCAGCCUCCUGAAGAUCAUUACACAGAGUAGCCUGAGGUAAGACAGAGAGGAGGACCCAACCUGUGUUCACUAGACAUCAGCCUCCUUAAGAUCAUUACACGGAGUAGCCUGAGGUAAGACAGAGAGGAGGACCCAACCUGUGUUCACUAGACAUCAGCCUCCUGAAGAUCAUUACACGGAGUAGCCUGAGUAAGGCCAGUGCCCUGACGGUGACCAACUGCAACAUAACGAAGAAGAGGACGCUGUUCAUCAUCGCUGAAGGAGCCUUCCAGAGCCGUAGUGCUGUCUCUGCUACCUCCUACCAGCUAACACAGCCAUAC